AUGGGCGCCACACUACACGACCCAGAAGAGAAACGCCCAAGGCGUGUGGAAGAUCUCAUUGCACAGUUCAAAGAAAGCAUUUCGUCCGUCCAGCACUAUGGUGGAAGUCUAGAAGAAGUGUCCCAGAAGUACAUCCAACCGGUGGCCCUAUUCGCCCUUGAAUCCUUGCAGGAGAAGCCUAUCCGAACGGUUUUCUUUACAUGCUUCUCAGUGGUUGCGUCUUUACCACUUGUCACAUACGCGGUUUCGUCGAUUCUGGCUGUGAUCGCCUACGUCGCUUUUGCACUAUUGGGGGCAGCGGCUGCUUCAGCGGCGACAGUCAUUGGAUUCACUUUCAUUCUGAUCCCCACUCUCAUCGCCUUGGCCGGUGUUGCAGCUGCAUGCACCAUCUUUAUCAUCUCAAUAUUCUUCCUUCUCCGUCUGGCAUUCCUCGCACAGCAAAGAGGGAGGUCUGACGGAUUCUAUGCAUGGCUAACCGAGGUCAAGGUCUUUGUCCUGGAACAGACGGUCCCUUGCGUUGGCUGCUUCGUUUCGAUGACGAAAGACGGCCAUUCUCCGUCGUCGCACUCUUGUCCCUCUGAGAAGUCUGAGGGGUCACUCGUGCUUGUUGGGACCGACUCCUCGACUCCCGAGUCGACCCCCAGUGCUGACCAAAAAGAGACUCUCAUGUCGUAA